AAGAGGCUGGGACUGGACAGGGACCACAUGGGCCCAAACAAAGCUCCCCACAGCCUGGGACAAGCUGUUGCCAUGACAGGCUGUGCUGACGCGAACACAGGAGGUUUUAUAUUUGGAGAGGAACAAAAGAACUCUGCAGGCGUGGGCCGGCAAGCAAUGCUCCUCACGCCGUCACCCCCUGGGACAAGAAUGGGCAAGGCGGCGACCCUGAACCAAACAAUGGUGAGGGAAUUCAUCCUGGUAGGGCUGUCCUCCAACCCCACAAUGCAGAGAGUCCUCUUCAUGGUCUUCCUACCUCUCUACCUACUGACCCUGGCUGGGAAUAUCCUUGUUUUAGUAACCAUUGUCCAUGACCGGCAGCUCCACUCGCCCAUGUACUUCUUCCUCAGCAACCUCUCCUUCAUCGACAUCUGCCAUGCCUCUGUCACAGUGCCUAAGAUGCUGGUUGACUUCCUCUCUGCAGAAAAGACCAUCUCCUUUGGGGGCUGUGUGGCCCAGAUGUUCUUCCUCCACCUCUUCACCUGCACUGAGAUCUUCCUCCUCACCGUCAUGGCCUAUGACCGCUACGUGGCCAUCUGCCACCCACUGCAGUACCUCACUAUUAUGAGCCGCCGUGUCUGCCUGCAGCUGACUGGCGUGCUAUGGCUGGGUGGGACAGUGCACUCCUUAGCCCUCACAAGCAUGACCAUCAAGCUGCCUUAUUGCGGGCCCCGGGAGGUGGACAACUUCUUCUGUGACGUGCCGCCUGUGAUCAAGCUGGCCUGCACAGACACCUAUGUUAUCGAGGUGCUCAUUGUCUCCAACUCAGGACUUAUCUCUGUGGUCUGCUUUGUGGUGCUCGUGGUCUCCUAUGGGGUCAUCCUGACCUCACUGAGGAGCCGCCUCUCCAUGGGGAAGCGCAAGGCACUGUCCACCUGUGCAGCCCACCUGACGGUUGUCACACUCUUCCUGGGUCACUGCAUCUUCAUCUACUCCCGCCCCUCCACCAGCCUGGCCGAGGACAAGGUUGUGUCAGUCUUCUUUACAGCCAUCACCCCACUGCUCAACCCCAUCAUCUACACCCUGCGCAAUGAGGACAUGAAGAGGGCUCUCAACAAGCUGAUGGGGGGUAAAGUGGAUGCGGAGAAGUAA